AUGAACAACUUAAAAGAUUUGUUAGGCGGUUCAGAUAUUCGUGGUGAAUUGGAAAGUAUAGGUCGAUGUUUGAAAGGUGAAGAACUGGUGAAGGCAUUGAUGGAACGAGUUGUUGCGGCCGAGGAUGAGAAAGCCACAUUAGCGGGUAAAUUAGAAGAAUUGUCUCGUGCUCAAAAGGAGGCUGGUACCUUAAGAAAAGAAAACGAAAUCUUGACAAAGAGGAAAGAAGCGUUGGAAUCGGUGUUGAUGAAAACAGAAUUAGCGAAGGGGAAACUGGAGAGUUUAUGCCGCGAAAUGCAAAAGGCGCAAAAGAAGACGCACGAUGAACACGUUGAAAAACUGAAAACUUUAGAAAAAAGCCGUAAAGAAAUGAUUGAACAAUUCAAAGAAUCGAUAGCCACUAUUCAGAAAUCAAUGGAAACAGGUCGAGAAACAUCUGAAAAGUUAUCCUCCGAUAAUGCCAAUCUCGCCGAGAAAUUGAAGACUCUCGCCAACGAAUACGAAUCAAGGGUAGCGCAACUGUCGAAACAGUUCAACGAGAAGACAGAGUAUUGUGAAAAGUUAGCGUCAGCACGAAAUAUGGAAGUAGAAUUAUACAAAACAAAAUUGAACGCAGCCAAUUUGGAUAUUCAAAAGUGUGCACAGGAAAAAUUACAACUCAAAAAUGAGCUGCUAGCUCGGGAAUUGAGGAUGAAAGAAGCUCUGGAAGGUGAAAAGGCAAUGCGUGAACAGAUUGAUAAGUACACCAAAAAAUACAAUGAAUUGCAUAGCAGUCUCAACAAUUCGAAUGAAACUUUCGAAAAAUUCAAACGUGAAAUGGAGCGAAUGAAUAGUAAUUUGAUAAAAGUCGAAAAAGAAUGUCGAAAAUGGAAAACGAAAUACGAUGAAACCGCGCAGGCAUUGGCAGCGGCUAUUGUACAGAAAAAAGAAAGCGAAGAUGCGUGCGCACUGAAGGAACGUCAACUGCAACAAUUGCAAGGCCUUUGUCGCACUCUAAAAGCUCAAAUCUCGAAUCAGUAA